CCUCAGAAUAAGCACUUUCGCGAGCGUAUUCCUCACUAAGGCGAAGCAGCCGUUGUCUUUCACCUUUAUUACCCCCGGUAUUAAGUCAUUUACCCCAGAGUCAGUUGUUAAGCUGUACGCUGCCGAGCCCCUGACUAGCCGGAGACUGGCGAACGUCGAGCUUGACAGGGGAGAUAAUUAUGCCUCGCUUAUCCUCCCGGCGGUCGGAAGCCCGGUGCCUAAGCCCGCGCCGGGAAAUAGUUAUUUUGACAGGGAUUGGGGGAGCGCGAAGUAUACGGUCCUCCGGCGAGCGGGACUGUACGUUAAUUACAGGUCGACCGGCGCGGCCGGCGCGGCCGGCGACGACGUGUGGCUACUCACUCCCGAAGGCGUGGAUGACGCGCUGAAGCAUUAUGGCUCCCGGCCAUGGGGGCCUUAG